AUGAUUCACGCCACAUUGGAAAAUCAUACUGAUAUACAAAAUUUUGUCAAAACUUUAUUUAAACCCUUUAAAUCCUUUAAUACUGUUAAUACUACUGCAAUUCGUAAAUAUGCAACCACCAUAGCUUCUGAGAGUGGGGAAUCUAAAUUUGCAGCGGAACGUAGAGCUAUCGAAGAACAUGCAAAGACUCUUAUUAUUGGUUCUGCUAAUGCAUAUAGAAUUGCAUCAGCACAUCAACAUUCAGAACAUUCAGAUCAUGGAGAACCCAUUCCCUUGGAAAGAUGGUGA